GCUGCACACAGAUUGCCGAUGAUGAUCGACCGUGUUUUACAGUGUUGGACUUGUCAGAGAGGGAAAAUUGUUCGUUAUUGGAUUGGUGUUGGCAAAGACUUCUGGCCGAGGCUGAAAUCCCCUCGCGGGCUCGAGGCGUUCCUGCAUACCCAGAAACAGCAGGCCGAUGAAGAGAGGCUCAGCAAACAGAUCGCCUAGAGAGCCAAGCAGUUUGAUGAUGGACUGGACUCGCGUUCAUGAGGAGAUGGAACCUGGUUCUGGCUUCGACUCGCCCCCGUUGUCUGCACGUCAUCAUGGGACAAACUGCUUAACUCGGCCAAACUGUCACCAUUGCAUGCCCCCCCACCAGCCAAGAAGAUGGCCGAUGGCGGUUGGGUGGGUGGAUAUUCGCACCCGCAAUCUGUUCCUUGAAUGACCCCCGAGUCCUACUCCGGCAGUGGCGCCGUGGGUGACUCGCUCGCAGAGCCGAGCCGGUCCCCGUUUUG